AUGAUUCUCGAAGACAACUUCAGGCAAGCAUUUUACAAUAAAAUCAAGAAAGGAGACAAAAGCGUUGUGUUGAUCGUUUCCGUCGAUGCAGAUGCAGUUUGCUCUACUAUGAUUUUAACACAUCUAUUGAAAUGUGAUGACGUUCCGUAUUCGAUUCGAACAGUAGAGGGAUGGGGAUCAGUGGACAAGAUUUUUGUCGAACUGCAAGAGCAAAAAUGCAACUACAUUCUCAUCAAUUGCGGAGCGACGCGGUCCUUAUCUCGACUCCAACUUCCUCCGGAUUCCAUCGUCUACGUUCUUGACUCCCAUCGCCCAUUUCACAUCGAAAAUGUAUAUGCGAACGAACAGGUCCAUUUGUUAAUCAAUAACAGUGAAAUGACAGAAUUACAACUUCCUGAUGUUGAUUCCGUGAUACAAGAAGAUUCAGACGAUGAGGAUGAGAAUGAUGAUGAAGAUGCUCCAUACGAGCAACAAGUGGAAAAUGUGCGGCGGAGAGCUAUCAGAAGAGAAGAGAUGCAAGUUUGGGAACGUCAGCGACAACGAAUUCUUUGGAAGUAUUAUGAAUCCACGUGGUUCAGUUCUCCUAGCUGUGUCACUUUGCUCGAAUUGGCGGCUGAGAUGAACAAAGUUUCCGCGGAAUUGAUGUGGUAUACAUCAGUCGGAUUGAACAGUGCUUUUAUUGAUAAGUUGAUUUCGAUCGAGAGAUACACCCAAAUUUGUGUCGACCGAAUGCGCCCAUUCGUCAAUAGAUUCAUGCCUAGAAACAUCAUUAAUCAAGGAAAAGUUGAUGAUCUCUUACAUAUCACAUUUGGUCGUGAGCUCCCUCUUGCCAUAUAUUCACAUUGGGAUUUGUACAACUCAAUGACGGUCAACGAAUAUUUUUCGAUUAAAACGAAAAAUUGGACGCAACGAGGGGAUGCUAAUACCAGACAACUACUCACACAACUUGGAAUUACUUUGCAUGAAACAAAACAAAAAUUCGAAUCGCUACCGACGGAACAACGGAACUUGGUUGUGGAUGUUUUGGAAAAAGAAAUGGAUUCGUCGUUUGCCACAUUUUUCGCCACUCUUGGAUACUGUGGGAAGCUGAGCGCUUGUGAUGUAGCUCGAGCUGUUACUUUGAAGUUAGAGAUGCCAAGACAUGAAUCGAUGCUGAACAGGUUUCAAGCUGGAAAGAUGAUUUUGCAAUCGUCGAUCACUGGAGAACGCCAAGAGCGCCUACAUCUUUCUCACACACUGACUUCAACUUGUCAGCGAGUCCUUCAAGUUUCCUGGAAGUCCGUAUCAGCAGCAAUUAAUCAGUCUGAAAUCAUCUCAAAUGGACCAUAUUAUCUCUUUUCGUGUGCAAGGGCUAUAGACGAAGAUAUGCUAGACUCCCGCCACUUCCUCUACAACACUACAAGUUUCAUGCUCAGCGCCUUCGCUUCGAUGAAAAAAGGAAGAACGGCAAAACCAUUGAUCGCAAUGUUUCCCUUGGAUGGCGAAAGCGCUGGAUGGCUCGUUGUUACUGGAGUGAUGCCUAUUGCCACUAUUUACGAAGAUAAUCUUAUCAAAACGUGUAUCGGAAGAGCAUUUGAAAGAGUGAAGAAAACGAAUCCUACAAUCCGAAUUCAAUCCUAUUUCGUUCAUUCGACCCCAGAAGGAUUGAAUGGAGCUCAAUAUCUUGCGGUCAAUCGAGAAGGAACAAUCAUCUAUGGUCUUAGAAUUCGUGUCGAGUUGAGCAUCAUUGAAGCGCCUGGAGAUGUUCCCGAAGUAAUAACGACAGCCACAGAGAAGACAGUUUGUAAGUACCACGUGGCGUCUGGAUCUUGGAAAACGUUUCAACUCGAUGAUGAUUUCGAUCCACUUCUUCUGACAAGGGUUCUAGAAUUCUACACUAUCAGUGAUAAUCUUGUAGUCAUUCUUUGUUAUGAUUCGGAGCAUUGUCAGUUUAUUCAAGUCUUGAUGUAUCUAGAGCAUGAAAAAGAGUGGGCUCAAUCUGUUGUAUACAGACGAAAAACAGUCAGUCGAUUGGCUGGUCCACCAAUAGUCAAUUUGAGCUUUUUGGAUAAAGGAAAAAUAUUACUGUGCGGUGUUCGAGGGGCGGAAAAUGGAAUAAAUGAACGAAUGUCGAUGAAUAUUGCUGCUAAUCCAUUGAAUAGUUUUAACCAACAAGAUGAAGAUUUUAGCAAUUUGGUGAUCUUGGAUAGGGGAAUGAAAUGUUUCAUAUUAUUCUUUCAGAUGGAAGAAUUCAACAAAUUUCUGAUUACACGACCCCCGGAUAUCGAUGGAAAAUCUUUGAUCAGUCUGUUUCUUUUGAAUCUUGAUCAAGAUCAGAUAUCGGUAUUAUUAUCAGAAGUUGAUCCAAACGAUCCGAAUAGUGAAGCGAUUUUUGCAACCAACUGCAUUGGAAUUAUUAAUAGAAAGGAUAAAGAGUUUUCUGUGGAACAACUUGACGACUCAGUCAUAUCAUCAACGGGUAAGCCUCUGAAAGUCACUUCAAUAGCGAACAUGAAAACGAAAGGUGGCAGUGUUUGGAUGACUUUUUCAGUUACUGAUAUCGAAAAACUGAAAACGAUUUAUUGGAGGUGCAAACACCUUUAUGUUCGAGUUAUGCUACGGUUGAUGAUAAUGGGAUUUCAUGGAAGUAUUUAUUUAUGGAGGUUUGACAAUGGUUUCACAUUCUACUGUCUCACUCGAAUUCUGACGUUCCUCCAUGGACCCACCAUGAUUCCAAUAUAUGCACCACAGAAAAAAUUCUACAUGUGUUAUCUGGAUAUUCAAAGAAGACGCUUCUUCCGUUACGAUCAUACUGCAAGAGUUCAAAAAAAUAAAAGAGAUCCAAACGAGACAGAUUUCGCUAUCAGCUUCGAUGUCGAUUCAUCUGGUGGAACUGUCGUGCUUGAUCAUCCAAUUGACGAAUGCAAAGAAUCAAAAAUGAAAUUGAGCUAUUUUCCCAACCCGACAAAGCCGCAAUCGCUCGUAAAACUAGCAACAUUUUCUGCAUACAGG